GCAUAUUCGACUUCUCGAAAACGGAGUAAUUGAGAUAAAGCUCUUGUUUGAUGCUAAGCAAUUGUCAUGUUCUUGAAAUGUCAUGAUUUUAUGAGUAUGCGGACUUCUCGCCGAUUUAUGUGGAUGCUUCGGCACUCACUUAUACCGAGUUCGGCGAAGUUGAGGGGUUCGGCGACAACUUUGGACCCGCGGACAUCAUGCGACGACAUCUUCCUCGGCAUUUCCCACGAUAGCUUCAAAAACUCAUAACUGUCAACCUUGCUAUCAACUCUUAGCGAAUACCAUAAAAUACCCCUAAUUCGAUCACUUCGACCACAUAUUCACCAUGGCUGACUUCACUCAAUACGGACAUGCGACAGCAGAAUGGCUCGCUGUCACGGACAGCAGGCCGCCAAUUCCAGGUCAUCUGGACUUGAAGGAGAUGCAGCGUCUUACGAACAUGUACCGAGAGCAACUGGCUCAAAGUGAGAUGGAGAAGCUCAAGGAUUACCCUAUCAUCAUGAAAGACUAUAUUGUCACGUCCAGAGAUGGCUUCCCUCUCGAGGUUCGAACCUACAGACCAGCUUCCGCCGAAGAAGCCGCUCGUCUACCUAUCUACAUCCAUCUCCACGGCGGUGGCUAUGUCUUUGGAAACAUUCCCUCUGAAGAUGCUAUCUGCACUCGCAUCUCAGUCAUGACAAACGUCACAGUCGUCAACUUAAACUAUCGGCAUGCUCCAGAUUAUGCCUAUCCCACAGCUUGGGAAGACACCGUCGACGCUUUUCACUGGGUCCAUGACCAUAUCGAUGAACUUCUCGGAGUUCCCAGCCAGGUCGUAGUUGGCGGAAUCUCAGCUGGUGCUCAACUAGCAGCCUCUUUGACGCUCCGGCAAAACAUCGCGCCUGACGGCCUUUCACGACCAAAACUCGCUGGUCAGGUAUUGAUGAUUCCUGCUCUCAUUCACCCCGAUUGCUAUGCGCCUGUUAUGGAGCAGAUAAAGGAACCUUCCUUGUCGUCAUAUGUUCAGAAUGCGGAUGCUCCGAUGAUCAACAAGUCAGCGAUUGAUAAGUUUACUAGCCUGCUGAAGGUUCAGAACCCGGAUCCCAAGGAUGUUCGAUUGAACAUUGGUCUCACAACUGUUGAGCAGCUCAGGAACAUGCCGCCUUCGACGCUCGGUAUCUGUGGAUUGGAUCCUUUGAGAGAUGAAGCUCUUCUUUAUGGACAGAAGCUUGUUGAAGCAGGGGUACCCACUGAUGUGCAUGUUUUUGACGGACUUCCUCACGGCUUCCGCCGCUUCGGAGACCAAUUGACUGAGAGCAAGAGAUGGGACAGCGUUAUGGAGAAUGGAAUCAAGUGGGCUCUCUCAAAGCCCGAGCCUUCUGGAAUGUUUGAGAUCAAGCUCGAGUAGAGAGCUUAAGCGGAUUUACAGCAGAUAUCCUUGAAUUAGAAUCACGUUGUAUAUACAUAGAAC